GUGACGGCCCAGCGCAGUAUGGAGGACGCUGAGGAGAUAGAGCGAGAGCGGCGACGGAGAGCCAGGGAGAGACAGGGAGGCCACAGGCACCACACUGGCCCAGCCAGCCCCGCCAGCCCCACGCUGGACAACGGGCUCCUGGAGCCGUAUCCAAUGUAAGUCACAGAGCUGAACGGAAGGCAAACAGCCAAACACUUUCAUGCUGUAAAAUCCUGCAGUGGAACAUGCUGCUCUGGUUGUCGUACACUGCGUUAGGGUGGGAGAUGGCAGUGGAACAUGCUGCUCUGGUUGUCGUACACUGCGUCAGGGUGGGAGAUGGCAGUGGAACAUGCUGCUCUGGUUAUCGUACACUGCGUCAUGGUGGGAGAUGGCAGUGGAACAUGCUGCUCUGGUUAUCGUACACUGCGUUAGGGUGGGAGAUGGCAGUGGAACAUGCUGCUCUGGUUGUCGUACACUGCGUUAGGGUGGGAGAUGAGCCAUUACACACCAGUAGUCUUGUUGUCAUCUGUUGCAGCGGAGUAGCUCAAGUCAUGUUUGAAACGGAUGAUGUGAACCGCUUACUGUAGGUAGUCUGACUGAUGUCUCACUGGUGCUGAUUGGACUGUAGGGAAACAAGACAACGUUAGCUAGCGUUCUCUAAUGAGGUGUUUUCAUGUAUCCUAUCAGGGCUUAUAUGAACCUGGGCUGUGUCCCAAAUGGCACCCUAUUCCCUACGUAGUGCACUACUUUUGACCAGAGCCCUAUGGGGAAUAGGGUGCCAUCUGGGAUGCAGACUUCAGUCUGCUGUGCUGUUGCUUUUAGAUGCCCUGUCAGCCACUGAGUCCUACCCAGGGGAAGGUAUUGAGCUGAUCACAAAAUGAGUUAACAUUGCUUAUCUACUGUUAGGCCUUAUAGGGUGUGUGUGUGUGUGUGUGUGUGUGUGUGUGUGUGUGUGUGUGUGUGUGUGUGUGUGUGUGUGUGUGUGUGUGUGUGUUCGUGUGUGUGUGUGUGUGUGUGUGUGUGUGUAUGUGUGUAUGUGUGUGUGUGUGUGUGUGUGUGUGUGUGUGUGUGUGUGUGUGUGUGUGUGUGUGUGUGUGUGUGUGUGUGUGUGUGUGUGUGUGAGUGUGCGUGCGUGCGUGUGUGUGAGCCUUGUUCCUCCACAACACAGGCCUAUUGAAUUGAACCAAUGGUUGCAUCUUUAAAGAUCUGUGGUAGGUAAGGUUAUUACUUCUUGUGUCCCUUGGUUACUCAAACCUUAUGAGUAGUUGCUAGGAAAUCUAAACGGUUCAUUUUAGGCAAGUUGCUGAAACACGUGCAGGUGUUUGUGGUUUAGUCGAUGACAAAUGCUACAACAGGAAAUAAACGGUCCUUCAUCGAGUAGAAAAGCACUAGAUGUAUUUUUAUUUUGACCAGAGAUCUAACAACGCUACGCUCUUAGAAAGAAGGUUCCAGAUGGGUUCGUCGGCUGUCCCCAGAGGAGAACCAUGGGUUCGUCGGCUGUCCCCAGAGGAGAACCAUUUUUCUUGUUCGAGGUAGAACCCUUUUUGGUUCCAUAUAGAAACGUCUGUGAAAAGGGUUUUACAUGGAAUCCAAAAGUGUUCUACCUGUAACCAAAAAGGUUCUACCUGGAACCAAAAGGGUUCUACCUGGAACUAAAAAUGGUUCUUCCAAGGGUUCUCCUAUGGGGACAGCCGAAUAACCGUUUUAGGUUCUAGAUAGCAACUUUUUUUCUAAAAGUGUAGCCUGCUUUGGCUUAGUAUAGUGAGUGGUGAUACAUUUACAUUUUAGUCAUUUAGCAGACGCUCUUAUCCAGAGCGACUUACAGUUAGUGAGUGCAUACAUUUUCAUACUGGCCCCCCGUGGGAAUCGAACCCACAACCCUGGCGUUGCAAGCGCCAUGCUCUACCAACUGAGCUACACGGGGCCCGUAUGUAGGUAUCACAGCUAUGUUAUUACGCUACUUGUUAAUGGGACUAUGUUAUUAUUUUACUAGUUAAUGUUAUGUUAUUAUGCUACUUGUUAAUGUUAUUGUGUUAUUACGCUACUAGUUAAUGUUAUGUUAUUAUGAUAAUUGUUAAUGUCAUUAUCUUAUUAUGCUACUUGUUAAUGUUAUUAUUUUAUUAUUUUAUUAUUUUACUUGUUAAUGUUAUUAUGCUACUUGUUAAUGUUAUUAUUCUACUUGUUAAUGUUAUUAUGCUACUUGUUAAUGUUAUUAUUUUAUUAUGCUACUUGUUAAUGUUAUUAUGCUACUUUUUAAUGUUAUUAUGCUACUUGUUAAUGUUAUUAUGCUACUUGUUAAUGUUAUUAUGCUACUUGUUAAUGUUAUUAUGCUACUUGUUAAUAUUAUUCUUCUAUUUUUAUGUGGCACAUUAAUAAAUCAACCUAAACUGUUUUUUUGCCAUGUUGCAACAAUGAGAAAUGGAGAACCGACAGAAGGCUACAGGAAGAGAGCAUGGCUACGUCCCAAUUGGAACCCUAUUCCCUAUGUAGUGCACUACUAGAUAGGGCUCUGGUGAAAAGUAGUGCACUACAUAGGGAAUAGUGUGCCAUUUGGGGCACAGCCAAUAUCUCGCUCAGAGGAAACAGGAUGCAGCAGUAGCAUUCGUUCCGUUGGCAGCGAGGUCGGUCAGUCAGUUUGUUUAUGUUUCCAUGGCCACCGUACGUGUGUGUCCCGUUCCCAUGACGCCGAGCCAAAGGCCCUGAGAUCUGGCUAACACCUGUCAUCUGCUGGGCUAAAUCCCUGGUAUUGCCCCUGCCUGUCUGUUAUACACACACACACACAUACACACACACACACACACACAUUGGGCAGCUGCAGAUGUUUGGCUGUAAAUACUCACUUUCUGAGACCCCUCUGUCUGUCUGUCUGUCCCCUGACCUACCUACAGUCCCUGAGACCCCUCUGUCUGUCUGUCUCAACCUCUCUACAGUACCUGAGACCCCUCUGUCUGUCUGUCUGUCUGUCUGUCUGUCUGUCUGUCUGUCUGUCUGUCUGUCUGUCUGUCUGUCUGUCUGUCUGUCUGUCUGUCUGUCUGUCUGUCUGUCUCAACCUCUCUACAGUACCUGAGACCCCUCUGUCUGUCUGUCUGUCUCAACCUCUCUACAGUACCUGAGACCCCUCUGUCUGUCUGUCUCAACCUCUCUACAGUACCUGAGACCCCUCUGUCUGUCUGUCUGUCUCCUGACCUCUCUACAGUACCUGAGACCCCUCUGUCUGUCUGUCUGUCUCCUGACCUCUCUACAGUACCUGAGACCCCUGUAUUUUCCCCUGCCAGGCUGCUGUUAACACCCCAUUGUUUCAACAUUGUGCUGACUGCUAACAAUAUACAGAAGUAACUUCAUUGUUUUCACAGUGGUUAGCAGCUAACACCUUUUAGCCACCUGGUGUUUUGGUGCCCUUGGGGUUGAGGCAUACAGCUGGAUAUCCAAUGGAACCCAGUAUGAAGAAAAUAGAAUACUUCUAAAAUCAGUUGUUUAAGAAGUUCAUCUGCUCUGUAAAAGUAACUGCCUAACUCAUUCAUGAAACAGAGUAGUGGCUACUCAAACAUCUCCAACGGUCAGUAGAACUCAAAUCAUAAAAGUGGUACUAACUCGGAUGGCAAUAACAUUUCUUACCACUUAAUGUUUUGGAGUACCUUUAACAAAUAUUAGGUUAUAGACUAAAUAUAACUUUAUUUCUGCUGAUCUAAAGUUAUUGAGUUUUUACAAGUUAUGAUUAAUUAAUAUUUUAAAGUCAAUCUAACAUUUAUUAAAUAAGUUGUUCUUACUUGAGUCUGUUCUGUCUCUACUUAAUAAUAAAGCAGUAGUCAGACACAUUGAUAUUUGAGUAAAAAACACUUGAUCUAUCUGUGUUGUGCUGAUAUAGAAUUACAAGUUAGCAAUACUUUUAGUUUUUAGAGGAUUGUGGGCAGUGGUGGAAAAAGUACUCAAUUGUCAUACUUGAGUAAAAGUAAAGAUACCUUUAUAGAAAAUAACUCAAUUAAAAGUGAAAGUCACCCAGUAAAAUACUACUUGAGUAAAAGUCUAAAAGUAUUUGGUUUUAAAUAUACUUAAGUAUCAGAAGUAAGUGUAAUUGCUCAAAUAUACUUAAGUAUCAAAAGUAAAAGUACAAGUAUAAAUCAUUUCAAAUUGCUUAUAUUAAGCAAACCAGACGGCACAAUUGUCUUUUUUUAUUCUUAUUUACGUAUAGCCAGGGGCCCACUCCAACACGUGUUUAGUGAGUCCUCCAGAUCAGAGGCAAUUCAAUAAUAAGACAAUCCAUUCCCACCAUCAACAAGGUCAUGUACACCACUCUUAAUGACAGAGGCUAAUGCAGCACCCUGUACUGCUUACAGCUCUACCUCUAGUUACUGUUAGAGGAAUUACCACUGUGUUCAACAAUGACUGGUUACAGCGCUCCCACCAGUUACUGUUAGAGGAAUUACCACUGUGUUCAACAAUGACUGGUUACAGCUCUACCUCUAGUUACUGUUAGAGGAAUUACCACUGUGUUCAACAAUGACUGGUUACAGCUCUACCUCUAGUUACUAUUAGAGGAAUUACCACUGUGUUCAACAAUGACUGGUUACAGCUCUACCUCUAGUUACUGUUAGAGGAAUUACCACUGUGUUCAACAAUGACUGGUUACAGCGCUCCCACCAGUUACUGUUAGAGGAAUUACCACUGUGUUCAACAAUGACUGGUUACAGCUCUACCUCUAGUUACUGUUAGAGGAAUUACCACUGUGUUCAACAAUGACUGGUUACAGCUCUACCUCUAGUUACUGUUAGAGGAAUUACCACUGUGUUCAACAAUGACUGGUUACAGCGCUCCCACCAGUUACUGUUAGAGGAAUUACCACUGUGUUCAACAAUGACUGGUUACAGCUCUACCUCCAGUUACUAUUAGAGGAAUUACCACUGUGUUCAACAAUGACUGGUUACAGCUCUACCUCCAGUUACUAUUAGAGGAAUUACCACUGUGUUCAACAAUGACUGGUUACAGCUCCACCACCAGUUACUAUUAGAGGAAUUACCACUGUGUUCAACAAUGACUGGUUACAGCUCCACCACCAGUUACUAUUAGAGGAAUUACCACUGUGUUCAACAAUGACUGCUUACAGUGCUCCCACCAGUUACUGUUAGAGGAAUUACCACUGUGUUCAACAAUGACUGGUUACAGCGCUCCCACCAGUUACUGUUAGAGGAAUUACCACUGUGUUCAACAAUGACAGCUAAGGUGGGUUCAAAUGACAAAUCAUCAAAAGCAUAAAACAAUAUUAAACAUUAAGACACGACCACUGAAAAUUACUAAUCAGAACUACUCACUACUUAAACUUGACAAAAAUGAGUAAUGAAGGUUAAUCAUUGAAGUAGAAGUGAACCUGCAUUUUUAUAUUCACUACAACAAAUAUUCACGUUCAAGUAACUUCAAUCAUCAUAGUUCAGAAUACAUAAUGCAAUUUAAUGUGAAAGAGUGAAUAAAACACAAAACAGUUAAGUAUUUACAACUUCAAAAGAUAACCAUAUGGGUGCUGAUGUCACUUUAUUACUUUAAGUAUUGAACACUGAUAUACUUUGAGUUGGGUUACUCCGAUGGAUCUAGGCAACGGGUUUCCCCCCCCCCCCCCCCCCCCCCCCCCCCCAAAAAAAAAGAACAGUUGAAUUAGAACAUAAUUUUGCUGAAUUAGCUGGUUUUGCAUUGUGCAGCCAUUUGGUUUAAUUAUUUAAGGAUGUAUUGAUUGUCUUUUUCAAGGGAGACCUGGCAAUCUUUGGUCUGGCUAACCCUGACUCUUGAAGGAAAUAUUGAAUACAGCACAAUAUUUCUAUUGACAGUUGUGCAAGAUCGAUAUCUGUUGAACAGCUGCGAACAGUUAUGAAUCACCGUGCCACCUUUUAGGUUUGACUUGUUAUUAACAGUUCUACCUGUCUCAGGUGUGAGAGUGAGCUGAAGGCUAGUGGCUGCCAGUUGACUCUGGAGGAGGACGAGGGCUUCAGUGACUGGACCCAGAGGUUGGAAAAACGCAGACAGCGCCACCUGGAGGAACAGGAGUCCUGGGAGGACCAUCAGCCUCAGCCCCAGCCCCAGCAGCAGUCCCAGCUGCUAAACGGAACCUCCACAACCAGGCCCUGCCUGAAGACACGUCCUGGGCCUGGGCCCGAGGAGGAGGAGGAGGAGGAGUGGGAACGAAGAGCCAGCAACAAGACACGAGAUGCUUCAAGAAGAGCAACAGACAACAAGGUUGGGUUACGAUUGUGUAAAUGCAAUGCUGUAUCCAAUCAUCACUCAAGUCACAGUGUAGUCUUUAUUCAGGGCAGGGCAAAGAGGGGAAGCUGUUGUUUGGGCUGUGACGAUAAAACUUGACCGAACUUUAGAUGAGUUGAUGCCAUUGACCUUUUUCUAACUUACCUGGGUUAAAAGCAAAAAACUAAAAUUGAACCAUAAAGUGUUGUUCUUUUAGCUACUAUUUGUUGUUUUAGGUAGUGGAAAAGAAGAAAUCUGAGUUGAAGAUCUCCUACACCUCUAAAGUCAUGAGACACGUCAACAGUAACGGGGAAGCAGCUGGAGCGGAAGUGACAUCAUACCUAGUUGCAGGAAAACUGUCCCCAAGGUAACAAACCUAAAAUAGUCUACACGUGUGUCCAAAAUGCUGCCACCUUAAUCCCUAUAUAGAAUCUCAUCUGGGCAAAAGUAGUGCAUUAUGUAGGGAUUAGGGUGCCAUUUUGGAUACACAUUCAGACUGAGGCCAGAUCUUACUACUGUAACCUACACAUUCAAUUUAAAGAGGAGGAGAACUCUACACAAAUACUGAAGCUGUCUGAGUUUCAUUUGUUAUAGUUUCCUUAGUUUCAGUUUUAGCGUCCUGCUACAGAUGGAGGAUAUUUUUAAUCUGAGCCAGUUUGCUGCAGCAGGAAAAUAAUCCUGCAGCAACAGGACAUUUGAAUUAUUAUGUGGAUUAUUAUUAUUAAUGGACAUUUUUGUUUGGGGUUGUUCAAUUUUUUCGUAAGGCAAAAUCAAGUCUGAAAUUUCAAAGUGGAAAUUACAAACUUCAGAAGCCUUUUUAAACCUCUCAAAUAGACUCCAAGUUUUAAUUUGCCUGCAUUGCAGGAAAGUUCUCCUGCAAAAGGGUGAUCAAAUGAAGAUACUACAUCUGUAUGGGGAUUACUUUUAGAGCGAGAACAAUAACUUCUGUAAAGCAUCUCUCAGUUCCUACUUCAUUACUUCAUACUGAGCUGAAAAAGAGGCAUGACAAGAUCAGUGACUCUCAUCACUUCCUGUAUUGGCUAGCUCAACAUCCUUCCUUAAGUUAACCAAGCCUUUAGAGUGUUCUACCAUAGGGUGUUGAGACACAGUUAGAGACACAGAUAGAGAUGGCUGAGACACAGAUAGUCAUGGCUGAGACACAGAUAGUCAUGGAUGAGACACAGAUAGUCAUGGAUGAGACACAGAUAGUCAUGGAUGAGACACAGAUAGUCAUGGCUGAGACACAGAAAGAGAUGGAUGACACACCGAAAGACAUGGCUGAGACACAGAUAGUCAUGGCUGAGACACAGAUUGUCAUGGCUGAGACACAGAAAGACAUGGAUGAGACACCGAAAGAGAUGGAUGACACACCGAAAGACAUGGCUGAGACACAGAUAGUCAUGGCUGAGACACAUAUUGUCAUGGCUGAGACACAGAAAGACAUGGAUGAGACACCGAAAGAGAUGGAUGACACACCGAAAGACAUGGAUGAGACACAGAAAGAGAUGGAUGACACACCGAAAGACAUGGAUGAGACACAGAUAGUCAUGGCUGAGACACAGAUAGUCAUGGCUGAGACACAGAUAGUCAUGGCUGAGACACAGAAAGACAUGGAUGAGACACAGAAAGAGAUGGAUGACACACCGAAAGACAUGGAUGAGACACAUACUUCUUCCUUGUUUGUCACUGAAGAAGACAGGUAAACACAAACAUUUCAAUUGAUAAGUUAAGAACUGUCCAAAGUGGUUUAUCUUACUUUUAUCUACAGCAGUGGAGUUAUUAGAAGGUGUUACAAUUGUAAUGCAGUUUGAUCAUGGUGAGAGAUGGAGUAGCUUCCUCUAACUGUUCCUCUAACCCUCUCCUCUCCUCUCCUCUCCUCUCCUCUCCUCUCCUCUCCUCUCCUCUCCUCUCCUCUCCUCUCCUCUCCUCUCCUCUCCUCUCCUCUCCUCUCCUCUCCUCUCCUCUCCUCUCCUCUCCUCUCCUCCCCUCCCUCUCCUCUCCUCUCCUCUCCUCUCCUCUCCUCUCCUCUCCUCUCCUCUCCUCCUCUCCUCUCCUCUCCUCCAGUUGCAGUGGCAGCUUGGGAGGGCAGAGACAGGAGGAGGUGGAUGGAGAGGUUCCCGAGGGGCUGCUGGAGACAGAGAAGACGGCAGGCCAGGGAGAGGGCACCCUGGAACAGCAGGAGGACAAGGAGGAGAUGGAGGAGUUGAACCGCAGGAGAGAGGAGAGACACAGGGCCAGGGAGGAAGAGGAGCAGCACCAGAGAGAGGAAGAGGAGGUGAGACCUGGGUCCAUUAUAACGAAUUAACAGGGGCUACCAGUCAGAUCCUUGAUCAACACUCCUACUCUGAGACUGGUAUGUACAGUAUCUGUGUAUGUAUAUGCAUGUGUAUGCAUGUUGGUAACGCUUCCCUAUGAAUACCCUCUUCAUAAUGCAUUGUAAGCACAUUUAUAACACCCUUGUGAGCUCUGCAUAAUGCAUCAUAAUGCACAACAUGCACAACAGAGGUCUGUUCAGCAUCAUGUAUGUAUGCGUGUGUUGUUGUAAUGUGCAGGAGGAGAGGAAGAGGGUGAAAGAGGGGAUGGAGAGGAGGAGGGUGUCGGCCACAGAGAGGAGGAUGAAGAACCUCAGUAUCUCCAGCAUUGAGGGAGACGAGUCCUUCAGCCCCUUCAGUCCCAUGAGCCCCACCUUCAAGGUACUGCCGAUGUCCCCAUAUCAUUUACCACCAUACACAUCACCUUCUCAUUCCCCUAUCACCUAAUCACAUGCCCACAAUCACAUGCUUUUUAUUAGAACCAAAAAAGGGUUCAAUGGAUUUAUCCUUAUACAGUCCAUUCGGAAAGUAUUCAGACCCCUUUAAUUUUUUCACAUUUUGUUACAUUACAGCCUUAUUGUAAAAUUGAUUAAAUAAAACAUUUUCCUCAUCAAUCUACACACAAUACUCCAUAAUAACACAGCGAAAACAGGUUUUUAGAGAUGUUUGCAAAUGCAUAAAAAAAACAACAACUGAAAAAUCACAUUUACAGAAGUAUUCAGACCCUUUACUCAGCACUUUGUUGCAGCACCUUUGGCAGAGAUUACAGCAUCGAGUCUUCUUGGGUAUGACGCUACAAGCUUGGCACACCUGUAUUUGGGGAGUUUCUCCCAUUCUUCUCUGCAGAUCCUCUCAAGCUCUGUCAGGUUGGAUGGGGAGUGUCGCUGCACACCUAUUUUCAGGUCUCUCCAGAGAUGUUCGAUUGGGUUCAAGUCUGGGCUCUGGCUGGGCCACUCAAGGACAUUCAGAGACUUGUCCCGAAGCCACUCCUGCGUUGUCUUGGCUGUGUGUUUAAGGUCAUUGUCCUGUUGGAAGGUGAAACCUUCACCUCAUUUUGAGGUUCUGAGCGCUCUGGAGCAGGUUUUCACCAAGGAUCUCUCUACUUUUCUCCGUUCAUCUUUGCUUCGAUCCUGACUAGUCUUCCAGUCCCUGCCACUGAAAAACAUCCCCACAGCAUGAUGCUCCCACCAUCAUGCUUCACCAUAGGGAUGGUGCCAGGUUUCCUCCAGACGUGAAACUUGGUAUUCAUUCAUUCAGGCCAAAGAGUUCAAUCUUGGUUUCAUCAGACCAGAGAGUCUUGUUAGGUGCCUUUUGGCAAACUCCAAGUGGGCUGUCAUGUGCCUUUUACUGAGGAGUGGCUUCCGUCUGGCCACUCUACCAUAAAGGCCUGAUUGGUGGAGUGCUGCAGAGAUGGUUGUCCUUCUGGAAGGUUCUCUUAUCUCCACAGAGGAACUCUGGAGCUUUGUCAGAGUGACCAUUGGGUUCUUGGUCACCUCCCUGACCAAGGCCCUUCUUCCCCAAUUGCUCAGUUUGGCCAGGUGGCCAGCUCUAGGAAGAGUCUUGGUGGUUCCAAACUUCUUCCAUUUAAGAAUGAUGGUACCUUUCCCCAGAUCUGUGCCUCGACACAAUCCUUUCUCAGUGCUCUACGGACAAUUCCUUCGACCUCAUGUCUUGGUUUUUGUUCUGCCAUGCACUGUCAACUGUGGGACUUUAUAUAAACUUGUGUGCCUUUCCAAAUCAUGUCCAAUCAAUUGAAUUUAACACAGGUGGACUCCAAUCAAGUUGUAGAAACAUCUCAAGGAUGAUCAAUGGAAACAGGAUGCACCUGAGCUAAAUUUAGAGUCUCAUAGCAAAGGGUCUGAAUACUUACGUAAAUAAGGUAUUUCUGUUUUUGUUUUUUUUAUAAAUGUGCAAACAUUUCUAGAAACCUGUUUUCACUUUGUCAUUAUUGGGUGUUGUGUGUAGAUUGAUGAGAAAAACGUUUUAUUUCAUACAUUUUUAGAAUAAGGCUGUAACGUAACAAAAUGUGGAAAAAGUCAAGGGAUCUGAAAACUUUCCGAAUGCACUGUGUACAUAGCCCCUAAAAAGAACAUUCUAGGCUAUAUUCCACAGCAUAACAGCCGCCUUUCUAUUCACUCUGACAUGCCGACUCAUACAGGGUCACUGUUCUUGAUGUAGAGUGUCUGUCGCUGUGUUCUGGUUCUAUGCUUCGUGACGUUCAAGCAGAAACUCCUCCUUCUGUUUUACCCAGUAAGUUCUGUAAGUGCAGGGUGUUGGCGGUUUGUAACUGUGUUGGCUCCUGUGAUGUGAAGUGAGAGUCCUGUAUGGUCUGUGGUUCUACUCAGAGCCUGAUAUCAGUAUGACUAUUCACACUGGCUUCCUUUGGGUUCUAUUUUGUCUUGGUUUAAGUUGUUUUUAGAACGUGUUGUUAACACUCCUCAGACAAAAUGAACCAUGACAGAUUUGAAAUAAACCUUGUAGUCUGAAGACACCUUUUGCUAACUGCUAAAUAUGAAAUACUUUCAGAAUCAACUCUUUUGAUGAAUGAAACAGUUUGUCUUCUCAACCCUCAAUCUUAUCGUAGAACACAAAAGACAAUGUUGACUACAGGACCAUUUCUCUAUCUAGCUUUGCUCAAUUGUUGUCAUCAUACCAUCACACCAGCACAUCAUCACAUCCUCAACACCAUUACACCAUUACACACUCACACCAUCACGCACUCACCAUCUUACCAUCACACCCUCACACCAUCACACACUCACACCAUCACACACUCACACCAUCACACCAUCACACACUCACACCAUCCUACCAUCACACCAUCACACCCUCACACCAUCACACCAUUACACCCCCUCUCCAACUCUUGCAUGCCAUGUUGACACAUUCUAUGUUUCCUCACCUCGCUGUUUUUUUAAGUGUGAAGAAAUCACACUUUCUGUGUUGACAGCAUCUAGACAGUUUUUAGGCUGUGUUCUAAUGUCCACACCGGUAUACCUCUUAGAAUCCACACUCCCCAAUACACUGCUUUAUUCUAAGAAGUAUGUUACCAUGGAUAUUGGAACAGAGCCUUUGGGAGCGUCCCAAAUGGCACCCUAUUCCCUUUGUAGUGCACUACUUUAGACCAGGGUCCAAUAGGGUGCCAGAAUAGGGUGCCAUUUGGUACAUAGAUUUUGUGUUGUGCUAUGUGUGUAGCUGCAUGUGGUUAUCUAGCUUUCCUUAAACACUCCAACACUUCGUGGAUCAUCAUGGGGUUAAUUCAUGUAUUUUAUGGGAAAGCACCCAACUUUCGUUCUGUCUCACAGCUAAACGACACUUACCACACACGUGCAUUGCUCAACAGCAACCUUGCUAAUGUGCCAACUGUUGAGUCAUAACCAAUGAAACGACUCGCUCAGUCAAAUGUUUUUCUAUGCUUCUGUUUAACCAGUAAAGCACUAGUAAUACUCCUAUUACAAGUAACAAACAAAUAUAUUUUCCUCUAAAAUCAAUUGGACAAAACACAAACAUUUGACAAACUAUUGGGAAAAUGUACAAUUUCGACCGUCCAAACGCGUUCCUCUUGCUGUAUGUAUCUGUCUGAUGAAUAACCUUAUUGAUUAUCACGAUCAUGUUUAUUGACCAUUGUUAGCGGCGUAAAAGCCAUCUAAAGACAUUGUCUGCAGCAGUGGUAUUGGCUUGUGUCUUUCCUGCCAUCAAUGUGCUUCCCUGUGAUGUGUGUCCUUACAGAAUGACAAGGAGAACAGGAUGACGGCUGAGAAUACCUGCACGGUGAGGUUCAGUUUGAGACCAAGGUUCCAGAGGCCAAAAGUGUUUCAGAACAUUUAAUCCAGAUCAAAAUUAUCCUGUGUUGUCUUAGAUUCUGUCCCCCCCCAUUCGAUUCUGUUCCCUGUUUGCUUUUGUAACAAAACCGAAAGGCAAUAUUUCUAAUAAAUGUCAAGGAAUGAUCAUCAUGAUAUUUGUUGUUGUAUAUGAUGCAGCAUCAUGGAGAUCUGGUUCUAUUUUGAAAAGUGAGGUGGUUCCUAAUCUGAAGGGGGAACAUAACAUAACACAACACAGGAUGAUCAUUUGAUCUGGAUUAAAGGUUCUGGAACAUCGACCCCACGCAGGGGUCGUUCCAGGUUAAAGGUCACCAUGGGGUUAACUGUGAAACACAAAGGUUCCGUUCUGUUGUGUUCUGUGUGGUCAUAACGUGACACCUCCUGUCAGCUGUCUGUCUUUUUAAUGUCGCUCUGUGCUUCAUACAAACUCAGCUCUUGUUUCUAGCCUGGUCCCAGGUCGUUUUUUUGCUGUCUUGCCAAAUAUGGUCAUUGUCAUGCAACAAUGACCAUAUGAGUUGUCAAGACAACCCAAACAGAUCCGGUAGCAGGCUAUCCUGUUUCACCUUCCCUCCAAACACCUUCUGAGGCCUUGUUACAUCAUCAACAGUAAAGACAUACUUGAGCCAUGGCAUGUCGGUUAUGUUGCAACUUUUCAACAUUGGUCAACUUGUCCUUACAACUUAUGUAUGCAUUGUCACUACAACAGCUAUAACAGUAUGUUAGCAGAUCAUCACUGUUUAACAGCGUCAUUACGUGUCAUAAAACCUUGACAGGCAUUACAGUAUCAUACACUUCAACAGGUAGACUCAGUAUCAUGAGCAUGACCUUAACAGGUGUCCAUUACAGUAUCACAUCACUUAACAGUAUCAGUAUCAACACUUUAAAGGUCAUUACAGUUCAUACACCUUUAAAGGUCAUUACGUAUCAUACACCUUAACAGGUUCAGUUUUACAGCUUGAUCAUACACACUUAACAGGUUCAUUACAGUACAUACACAUUAACAGGUCAUUACAGUAUCAUACCCUUUAACAGGUCAUUACAGUAUCAUACACCUUUAACAGGUCAUUACAGUAUCAUACACCUUUAACAGGUCAGUUACAGUAUCAUACACCUUUAACAGGUCAUUACAGUAUCAUACCUUAACAGGUCAUACAGUAUCAUACACCUUUAACAGGUCAUUACAGUAUCAUACACCUUUAACAGGUCAUACAGUAUCAUACAACCUUUAACAGGUCAUUACAGUAUCAUACACCUUAACAGGUCAUUACAGUAUCAUACACCUUAACAGGUCAUUACAGUAUCAUACACCUUUAACAGGUCAUUACAGUAUCAUACACCUUAACAGGUCAUUACAGUAUCAUACACCUUAACAGGUCAUUACAGUAUCAUACACCUUUAACAGGUCAUGACAGUAUCAUACACCUUUAACAGGUCAUUACAGUAUCAUACACCUUUAACAGGUCAGUACAGUAUCAUACACCUUUAACAGGUCAUUACAGUAUCAUACACCUUUAACAGGUCAUUACAGUAUCAUACACCUUUAACAGGUCAUUACAGUAUCAUACACCUUUAACAGGUCAUUACAGUAUCAUACACCUUUAACAGGUCAUUACAGUAUCAUACACCUUUAACAGGUCAUUACAGUAUCAUACACCUUUAACAGGUCAUAAGUAUACACUUAAAGGUAUACAUAUCAUACACCUUUAACAGGUCAUUACAGUAUCAUACACCUUUAACAGGUCAUUACAGUAUCAUACACCUUUAACAGGUCAUUACAGUAUCAUACACCUUUAACAGGUCAUUACAGUAUCAUACACCUUUAACAGGUCAUUACAGUAUCAUACACCUUUAACAGGUCAUUACAGUAUCAUACACCUUUAACAGGUCAUUACAGUAUCAUACACCUUUAACAGGUCAUUACAGUAUCAUACACCUUUAACAGGUCAUUACAGUAUCAUACACCUUUAACAGGUCAUUACAGUAUCAUACACCUUUAACAGGUCAUUACAGUAUCAUACACCUUUAACAGGUCAUUACAGUAUCAUACACCUUUAACAGGUCAUUACAGUAUCAUACACCUUUAACAGGUCAUUACAGUAUCAUACACCUUUAACAGGUCAUUACAGUAUCAUACACCUUUAACAGGUCAUUACAGUAUCAUACACCUUUAACAGGUCAUUACAGUAUCAUACACAUUUAACAGGUCAUUACAGUAUCAUACACCUUUAACAGGUCAUUACAGUAUCAUACACCUUUAACAGGUCAUUACAGUAUCAUACACCUUUAACAGGUCAUUACAGUAUCAUACACCUUUAACAGGUCAUUACAGUAUCAUACACCUUUAACAGGUCAUUACAGUAUCAUACACCUUUAACAGGUCAUUACAGUAUCAUACACCUUUAACAGGUCAUUACAGUAUAAACCACAAACGGAAUUGUAGGGCUACCGUAGAUGUAUCAUGUAGGACCACUUUAGAUUGAUAUUGUAGGACCACUGUAUAUUGGUAAUCUAGGACCACUGUAUAUUGGUAAUCUAGGACUACUGUAUAUUGGUAAUCUAGGACUACUGUAUAUUGAUAAUGUAGGACUACUGUAGCUUGAUAAUGUAGGGCCACUGUAGAUUGAUAAUGUAGGACUACUGUAGCUUGAUAAUGUAGGACCACUGUAGAUUGAUAAUGUAGGACUACCGUAGAUUGAUAAUGUAGGACCACUGUAGAUUGAUAAUGUAGGACUACUGUAUAUUGAUAAUGUAGGGCCACUGUAGAUCGAUAAUGUAUGACUUUGUAUAUUGAUCAUGUAUGACUACUAUAUAUUGAUAAUGUAGGGCUACUGUAGGUGGAUAAUGUAGGACUACUGUAGAUUGAUAAUGUAUGACUACUGUAGGUGGAUAAUGUAGGACUACUGUAGAUUGAAGUUGUUAGCUGUUAUGCUAGGUAGCUUCAGCUAUAUUAUCUCACAAUACAAACCCAGUGUCCUUGUUCCCCUCCUCAGAUCAACGAGAGGACUGAGUCUCUGAACCGCUCCCUGCAGAAAAGGUGAGUGAAAAUAUCUCAAGUGAAAACAGUUGACACGGUUGACUGUCAUCAUGAGCACACGUACUAAAAUGAAUCGGAAAGUAGACAAACUGUGGUCUAAUUAAACAAAUGAAGUACUUACUAUGGCGGAAAAAACCCUGAUAGCGAAAUAGAAAAGCAGGGAUUUGGCAGGUGGCACGCUCUGUCUCUCUCUCUGUCUCUUUAUUGGAUCCCCUCUUUGUCAGUGAUGAUUUAUACACUAUGUACUCAGUCAGACCAGAUGUGUUUUCUCAGGUGGCUGCUGCUGAGAUAGACAGGCUAUAUGCUUCCAGAGGAGCCUCGCGCUGAGAUAGAUUAGAUAUCUGAUCCUAUAGCAGCCUCGCGCUGAGAUACAUUCAAUAUCUGAUCCUAUAGCAGCCUCGCGCUGAGAUAGAUUAGAUAUCUGAUCCUAUAGCAGCCGUGUGGUGAGAAACAUUAGAUAUCUGAUCCUAUAGCAGCCUCGCGCUGAGAUACAUUAGAUAUCUGAUCCUAUAGCAGCCGUGUGGUGAGAAAGAUACAUGCUAACACUCGUAUAGCAUCCUAGGCUGCUGGUGCGACAAGUACUCGCCUCAUGGUGAGCUAGAGAUAGUACGCUCAUGUAGCAGCCACCAGGCUCCUUUCUGUCUGCAGCUGUUCAUUACUGAUGCUAACUGGCCACACCUCUACCCUGCCGUCCGCUGUGGGAUAUAAAAAACUGAUUCAUGGGGACCAUCAGCAAAAAAAUACAAUAUAAACAGUUGGGAUAGCAGCUUUACAUCAGACCUAGAAAAGCCAUGAGGACUUUUAUGGUGGGAUAGCUUUAGCUAGGAGUCUGAGGGCGUUAAGACAGAGAAUGGUGAGAGAUAGCAUUAGCUAGGAGUCUGAGGGCGUUAAGACAGAGAAUGGUGAGGAAUAGCAUUAGCUAGGAGUCUGAGGGGCGUUAAGACAGAUAAUGGUGAGAGAUAGCAUUAGCUAGGAGUCUGAGGGCGUUAAGACAGAGAAUGGUGAGGGAUAGCAUUAGCUAGGAGUCUGAGGUCCUUAAGAAAUGACAUCAUCAGGUGAGCUGGUGUUUCACUUCCUCUGUUUCCCAUCCUCCAGAGGACACACACACACACACACAUAAACAUGCACGCACGCACGCACGCACACACACACACACACACACACACCCACCCUUGUAAGAGGAAACAUUGCGUGAGGAUAAGAUACCUUUUCAUAAAAUGUGAACAUGAUGGAACGCAUCCUCAGAGAGUCAAUGACAUCAUCGGAACUAAUGGUAACCCAAACACCCUCCACACAAAGCAUCUGUCACUGUCUCUGUUGGCAGAAGACACUGCUAAUAACGGGUUGUUUCCAGUGUCACAUUUAUCAGGCCAAAAUAUUAUGUUAAAGCAGAUGGAAGACAUCACUGUUUAGAGGAGCUCUCUAAUAUAGUCUGUGUUGAUAUGUGGUCUAGUCCGUUAGACAUUUCCUGAUAUAGUCUGUGUUGAUAGGUGGUCUAGUCCGUUAGACAUUUCCUGAUAUAGUCUGUGUUGAUAGGUGGUCUAGUCCGUUAGACAUUUCCUGAUAUAGUCUGUGUUGAUAGGUGGUCUAGUCCGUUAGACAUUUCCUGAUAUAGUCUGUGUUGAUAGGUGGUCUAGUCCGUUAGACAUUUCCUGAUAUAGUCUAUGUUGAUAGGUGGUCUAGUCCGUUAGACAUUUCCUGAUAUAGUCUGUGUUGAUAGGUGGUCUAGUCCGUUAGACAUUUCCUGAUAUAGUCUGUGUUGAUAGGUGGUCUAGUCCGUUAGACAUUUCCUUGUGAAAAUAAACUUGACAUUGAGAAGAGAAGAUGUUCAGUUUAGACACACACACACCCUCAUAGCAGAGAUAUAGCAACAGACAGUAUUGCUGCACACAGAUGUGUGUUUCAGUACGUUAAGAAAGUCGAGAAGUUGGUUGUGUGUGUGUGUGUCAGUAUUCACAGAGAUACAAUUACAUCACAUCGAAAACCAGAGAGAGAGAGAGAGAGAGAGAGAGAGAGAGAGAGAGAGAGAGAGAGAGAGAGAGAGAGAGAGAGAGAGAGAAAAAAACACCUUUUAAGAUGAAAUACACAGAAAGCAAAGUAUCAGAGAGCUCCUGGGCAGUGAGCUCCUGUUGAGACUAGAGACCUCCUGCUCUUCUGGCUGGGCAGUGAGCUCCUUUGCUAUAGCCAAUGUAAUGGAGCUGGUUGGGUUAAACCACACUUGCGUGAAGCAAGCGUAAUGCUUGUGGCACGCAGGAGGCCUGGGGUCAGACAAGUGUUGAAACGUUUUCGGUUGACUUGGAAGAAGGGUAUUGGGAAUAUAAGUCUACUACCACUUUAUAUCACGCAGCUGUAACGUUACUGUAUAUUUAGAACAUGUAGCCACACCCAAAAUAGCCACCAAAGGAGUGUUUAUUCAUUAGAUGUCUUAAUUAUUAGCUGUACCUUUAUUUAUCAAUGACCUGCGGUAACAAAAUAUGCAACCCUAACCCUACCUCUGGGUACUAUCAACCCUAACCCUACCUCAGGGUACUAUCAACCCUAACCCUACCUCAGGGUACUAUCAACCCUAACCCUACCUGAGGGUACUAUCAUCCCUAACCCUACCUCAGGGUACUAUCAACUCUAACCCUACCUCAGGGUACUAUCAACCCUAACCCUACCUCAGGGUACUAUCAACCCUAACCCUAACCCACCUCAGGGUACUAUCAACCCUAACCCUACCUCAGGGUACUAUCAACCCUAACCCUAACCCUACCUCAUGGUACUAUCAACUCUAACCCUACCUCAGGGUACUAUUAACCCUAACCCUACCUCAGGGUACUAUCAACCCUAACCCUAACCCACCUCAGGGUACUAUCAACCCUAACCCUACCUCAGGGUACUAUCAACCCUAACCCUAACCCACCUCAGGGUACUAUCAACCCUAACCCUACCUCAGGGUACUAUCAACCCUAACCCUAACCCUACCUCAGGGUACUAUCAACUCUAAACCUACCUCAGGGUACUAUCAACCCUAACCCUACCUCAGGGUACUAUCAACCCUAACCCUACCUCAGGGUAGUAUCAACUCUAACCCUACCUCAGGGUACUAUCAACCCUAACCCUACCUCAGGGUAGUAUCAACCCUAACCCUACCUCAGGGUACUAUCAACCCUAACCCUACCUCAGGGUACUAUCAACCCUAACCCUACCUCAGUGUACUAUCAACCCUAACCCUACCUCAGGGUACUAUCAACUCUAACCCUACCUCAGGGUACUAUCAACUCUAACCCUACCUCAGGGUACUAUCAACCCUAACCCUACCUCAGGGUACUAUCAACCCUAACCCUACCUCAGGGUACUAUCAACCCUAACCCUAACCCUACCUCAGGGUACUAUCAACCCUAACCCUACCUCAGGGUACUAUCAACCCUAACCCUACCUCAGGGUACUAUCAACCCUAACCCUACCUCAGGGUACUAUCAACCCUAACCCUAACCCUACCUCAGGGUACUAUCAACCCUAACCCACCUGAGGGUACUAUCAACCCUAACCCUACCUCAGGGUACUAUCAACCCUAACCCACCUCAGGGUACUAUCAACCCUAACCCUAACUCAGGGUACUAUCAACCCUAACCCUACCUCAAGGUACUAUCAACCCUACCUCAGGGUACAAUCAACCCUAACCCUAACCCUACCUCAUAGUCCUAUCAACCCUAACCCUACCUCAGAGUAUUAUGAAAGAGUGAUGUUCAUGGAAGGAUAUAUCUUGUUUUAAAACAGUAACAGCAUCAAGAAGACCCAGGCUCCCAUCCCUAUCUCCAGGAUCGACAACAGACUGGAACAGUACACUCAUGCCAUUGAGGUAUACUAUACUUUACUGUACCUUACUAUACUUUAUAUGCUUUACUAUGCUUUACUCUGCCUUACCUGUACUGACCUCGACCUCGCCUUCUGGAUGAUAGCGGGGUGAACAGGCAGUGGCUCGGGUGGUUGAUGUCCUUGAUGAUCUUUUUGGCCUUCCUGUGACAUCGGGUGCUGUAUGUGUCUUGGAAGGUGGGUAGUUUGCCCCCGAUAAUGCGUUCGGCAUACCGCACCACCCUCUGGAUAGCCCUGCGGUUGCGGGUGGUGCAGUUGCCAUACCAGGUGGUGAUACAGCCCGACAGGAUGCUCUCAAUUGUGCAUCUGUAAAAGUUUGUGAUGGUUUUAGGUGCCAAGACGAAUUUCCUGAGGUUGAAGAGGCUCUGUUGUGCCUUCUUCACCACACUGUCUGCGUUGGUGGACCAUUUCAGUUUGUCGGUGAUGUGUACUACACUGUUUGUAUUCUGCCAUAUUCCCAGUCACCUUGCCAUGGUUGAAUGCGGUGGUUCGCGCUUUCAGAUUGGCACGAAUGCUGCCAUCUAUCCACGGUUUCUGGUUAGGCCAGUGUUGCCAACUCCUCAGUAAGGAGAGUAGCUAUUGGCUGUCCUAAAAGUCGCUAGAAGUCGCUAAAUGACAUCAUCACCUAAUUUGCAUAAUUGUCAGUGUGCAUGUAAUUGUGAUGGACGCUGUAGGAGAGAGGAAUAACGCUGUAGGAGAGAGGAAUAACGCUGUAGGAGAGAGGAAUAACGCUGUAGGAGAGAGGAAUAACGCUGUAGGAGAGAGGAAUAACGCUGUUGGAGAGAGGAAUAACGCUGUAGUAGAGAGGAAUAACGCUGUAGGAGAGAGGAAUAACGCUGUAGGAGAGAGGAAUAACGCUGUAGGAGAGAGGAAUAACGCUGUAGGAGAGAGGAAUAACGCUGUAGGAGAGAGGAAUAAAGCUGUAGGAGAGACAAAAAGGGAGUAAAAAACACCCUAAAUAUGUUUAGAACUACAAAUGAACGUUCUUCUGUCGAUUCUAGUUUAAUUUUUUUCAUCCCGCCCUGAAUGUAAGCCAGGGCGGGAUCAGCCAGGGCGGGAUCAAUCAGGGCGGGAUCAGCCAGCGGCGGGAUCAGCCAGGGCGGGAUCAGCCAGCGGCGGCUUCCUGCAUGCGCGAUUCAUUUGCAGUCUGGACACAGAGGGGUGAACAUCUCCUGCAGCUGGGAGGGACUGCUGCGCGAGGACUGGGCUUCCUGUGAGUGCUUUGGGAUGGGGGUGGGGCCCCACGGCAGCACCCGCUGCUCGUUGAGAAGAGUAAGAAUGAUACGUGCUUUCACAUCAGAGUCUCCAAAAGUCUCCAAUAACACCAGAAAAAGUCGCUAGAUUUGUCGCUAGUCGCUAAGUUGGCAACACUGGGUUAGGGUAGGUUUUAAUAGUCACAGUGGGCACAACAUCACCUAUUCACUUCCUGAUAAACUCAGUCACCGUUGAUGAUACAAAACACUUUCUGCGCUAAUAAUGCAUAAAAUAAUAAAUAAAAAAACAAAAUACUGCAAAGUUUCCUAAGAGCUAGUCGCGAGGCCGCCAUCUUCGUCGGCGCCAGAAUCACAGUACUGUAAUAUACUACACUAUACGAUACGAUACGAUACGAUACUAUACUGUACUGUACUAUACUAUACUAUACUAUACUAUACUAUACUAUACUGUACUGUACUGUACUGUACUGUACUAUACUAUACUAUACUAUACUAUACUAUACUAUACUAUACUACACUGUACUACACUGUACUAUACUGUACUAUACUAUACUGUACUAUACUAUACUAUACUAUACUGUAGUAUACUGUACUAUACUAUACUGUACUAUACUGUACUAUACUGUACUAUACUGUACUGUACUAUACUAUACUAUACUAUACUAUACUGUACUAUACUAUACUAUACUAUACUAUAAUGUACUAUACUAUACUAUACUAUACUGUACUAUACUAUACUAUACUAUACUGUACUGUACUGUACUAUACUGUACUAUACUAUACUAUACUAUACUAUACUGUACUAUACUGUACUAUACUAUAAUAUACUGUACUAUACCAUACUGUACUAUACUAUACUAUACUAUACUAUACUAUACUAUACUAUACUGUACUGUACUGUACUAUACUGUACUAUACUGUACUAUACUGUACUAUACUGUACUGUACUGUACUAUACUAUACUGUACUAUACUGUACUAUACUAUACUAUACUGUACUAUACUGUACUAUACUAUACUGUACUAUACUGUACUAUACUAUACUGUACUAUUGUUCCCGGAGUUGGUUAACACUGUACUGUACUAAUAUACUGCUAUUUUACAUCCACUGAGCUUUCAUCCCCUGUAUGACUGAUAACAUUUCAAGAUACUCCUUUAUUCAGAUUAACUUAAACCAUAACGCAGGAGUGGCCAAGCCUCCCCCCGAACAGAGAGAAUCUGUCUAUGCAGGCUUUUGCUUUAACCCUGUUUAACAACACAGUGUAAGCAAUACAGUCCCGGACAGUAAAAGGAAGUUAACUGUCACGUCUCAUCUUUCCAGACGUCCUCUAAGGAAGCCCAGGCGGCCAAGCAGCAGGUUCUGUUGGACCUGCCCAGCCCCACUGAGCCUGUGGCCUCCAAGAAGAACCUGUUUGAGGCCGGGGAAGCUUGGAGCCAGACCCCCAGGGAGACACCUUCCAAGGUAGGGAAAGAUUACAUACGGACAUCCAUUGUCUUUGAGCAGGGGCUGGAUAUCCAAACAUAUUCAUCCAAACAUAUUCAGCACCCCAGUAUCUCUAUUUGCACAUAAUCUCUUGCACAUCUAGCAUUCCAGUGUUAAUACUAAUUGUAACUAUUCUGCACUAUAGCCUAUUUAUUGCCUUACCUCCAUAACUUGCUACAUUUGCACACACUGUAUAUAAAUUUUCUGUUGUAUUUUUUUUGACUUUAUGUUUUGUUUACCCCAUAUGUAACUCUGUGUUGUUGUUGUUUUUAUCGCACUGCUUUAUCUUGGCCAGGUCGCAGUUGUAAAUGAGAACUUGUUCUCAACUGGCUUACCUGGUUAAAUAAAGGUGAAAUAAAUAAAAUAAAUAAAAAAAUAAAGAGACUCUGCAUACUGCAAUAUGCUCUCAUUGGUGACAGACUUUUGACCACUUAGGGAGUACUAUCCAAGGUAUGAAGGCAUUGGUGGGCCUCUCCUCCAUUUUAGUGAACUCAAUCAUCAAAUUAAUCAUAACACAGAGGUAGUGUUUAUACCUUACCUUAUUAGGUUUAUUUGACAGGGAAAAUGUGCAAUGCUCAACAUUUCUGUAAAGCUGCCAGAUUUGGCAAGUUGGUUCAUUUUUUUUCUGUAGUCCAUAAAUCAAUGACUUAAUGGAAAAUGUUGCGCACCUUUUGGAAUAGGGAAUAGGGUGCCAUUUGUUAUGUGAAUGCACGACUUCAUCAUGAUUCAUCAUCUGUGUUUCUCAGGAUACAGAGGGUCUGAAUGUAGGCGUGGCCGACCUCAUCCACCAAUGGGUGAAAGGGAACCCAGAUGGAAGCAGCAAAAGCCUCUCCAAGCCAGCAGUGAGUAACAACAGACACCUGUCUCUCCCAAUUCUCUCAGAGCUACUCACGAUGACUUCGUUACGUCAAUACGACAAGUCGACCACAGUUACGACUCAGUUACGACUCACACUAAAUAUCUAUCCAAACGUUGAAUGAAUCAACUAUUGGAUCUACGUCAGGAGUGGCCAACCAUCCUCCUGAUGGCUAAGGGGUAUGCAGGCUUUUGCUCCAACCCUGCUCUAACACUCCUGAUUCAGCUAGUCAGGGUUCUGAUUGGAAGCUUAUUUUCUGGAUCUGGUGUGUUAGAGCAGGGUUGGAGUAAAAGCCUGCACACCCACUAGUCCUCUGGGACAACUACUUGUUACUCUACUGAUCUAUCAUAUUCAUGUACUUGAAGUGAAACUUAACUCAGCUCACUGAUUUGUUAAGCUUGACGAUUCUACUCCUGCACCAUCCCCUCUUCUCCUUCUCAGUUCUCCUUUCAGCUCUCUUCCUACAUCUCUGGUACAUUCUAAUCUGUCUCCUCUUCUCCUUCUCAGUUCUCCUUUCAGCUCUCUUCCGACAUCUCUGGUACAUUCUAAUCUGUCUCCUCUUCUCCUUCUCAGUUCUCCUUUCAACUGUCUUCCUACAUCUCUGGUACAUUCUAAUCUGUCUCUUCUUCAAGGUAACUGUUCUCUGUUUCCCCUCUUUCCUUUCUCUAUGGAAAUGGACCUUAACCUUUCCUUCAUAUCUAACAUAUAUGUGAAUAUAUUACAACCCUAUGGCUUUCUCAUCAGUCAGAAUUAACAUAUAUGUGAAUAUAUUACAACCCCUAUGGCUUUAUCAUCAGUUAUAUCUAACACACAACCCUAUUUUUAUUUCAUUAGGAUCCCCAUUAGCCAACACCAAUGUCGACAGCUAGUCUUACUGGGGUCCGACACAUAACGAAAAGACAUUACAGACAAAAUACUUUACAGUUUACAUACAUUUAAAAACAUUAACAUGUAUUGUUUGUGUGCAUCUAUCAGUUACACAUAGAUGUCAGUACAUACACUCAACAAGUGUGGCUUUAUCAUCAGUCAGAAUUAACAUAUAUGUGAAUAUAUUACAACCCUAUGGCUUUCUCAUCAGUUAUAUCUAACAUAUAUGUGAAUAUAUUACAACCCUAUGGCUUUAAUGUCAGUCUCAUAUGUGGGCCUACUUUAUCAAAGUCAAGUCAGACAGGUCUUGUCAUAUAUAUCCUGUCUGGUGAUUCUAAUGUUUCUAUGGAACGCUGCCCCCUUGUGGAGGAUGUUAGUAUAACAGUAAUAAUCAAACCCCUCCUCUCUCUCCUGAUUGGUACAGUAGCAUCUGUAUCUACUUUCAUGACACAAUAUUAUCUGUGGUAGCUUGCAAAAUAUUUAUUCCUCUAUCUAUUCGUGUUCAUAUUUUUUGACUAUAUAUUUUUAUUAUUGCCAUCAUAAAGCACAAGAGUGACAGAAGGGUAUAAACGUGCUGAUGUGUGUGUUUCUUCUCUAGUGAUUAAUGUGCUGAUGUUGUGUACUGUGUGUUUCUUCUCUAGUGAUUCAUGUGCUGAUGUUGUGUACUGUGUGUUUCUUCUCUAAUGAUUCAUGUGUGUUUGUUCUUGCCAGGAGGUGAAUGCUGGUGAUGUUCUGAGCAAGAAGAACCUCUGGGAGAAUCUAGGAGACUCUUCGCCAUCUGGGAGAGUUGGGAAGGUAGUGUAGGCUUAAAUCUAAUGAACCAAUCCCUUCAUUCAUUUGACUAUAUCAUAUAUCUGUAUAUGAGGUCUGUUAUUCAGUCGGUGGAUUAUAUUCAAAACAAGUAGCUGUCAGCACACUGUACGUAACUUUUGAAUAUAAUUGGUACUUAAAAGUAUAAAUGUAAGUUAUAAAUGCUGGCAUUUGUACAAACUGAAAAUAUAAUACCAUUUUCAUAGGGAGCCUCUGGUAAAAAGUACAAAUUUGUGAUGAUGGCUCACGGCAAGUAUGAGAAGGUUGCCGUCGGUGAUGAUGAGAACAACGACCACACAAACAGGAAAUCAAGUAAGACUCAGCCUCAUCCCAUAUUUACUUUAUUAAGAUAAAACACAAAUGUCAGCUGUGGAUGUGUUGUUGUUGUGGGCUUUGUGUAAAAACAAUCCCAUUCAUCUGUUAGUCAUGUAUCACAGUAAUGUCUGUCCAGGAGAGAGAGAGGUCUGUUAGUCAUGUAUCACAGUAAUGUCUGUCCAGGAGAGAGAGAGGUCUGUUAGUCAUGUAUCACAGUAAUGUCUGUCCAGGAGAGAGAGAGGUCUGUUAGUCAUGUAUCACAGUAAUGUCUGUCCAGGAGAGAGAGAGGUCUGUUAGUCAUGUAUCACAGUAAUGUCUGUCUGUUAGUUGCAAUGCUAUGGUAUUUACUAGUUCCUUAGCAGUCACGCCGUGGCAUACAACCAAGUGAGUGGGAUUCUCUUCUACCAUAGGACAGUACUAGAUCUUAGACUACCAAUACUAGAUCUUAGACUACCAGUACUAGAUCUUAGUCUACCAGUACUAGAUCUUAGACUACCGGUACUAGAUCUUAGACUACCAGUACUAGAUCUUAGACUACCAGUACUAGAUCUUAGACCAUCGGUCAUCUCUCGAUCAACUAGGAACUCGUGUGUCACAAACCAUAUCAAUAAUGGUACAUUACUAAAUAAAAACAAUAGGAGAAUGAUACAACAGCUUAGCAUUUACUUCAAUGUAGACAAUGAGCAAUCAUUUAGUUAAUCACACGAUAGACAACAGCAUUCUAUACUGGACACGUCUAUACAAAAUAAUGUCCCGUAUAUACAAUCAAUACAGGUUUUCCCUUCUUCAGUAUAUGCCUUUUGAACCCGGCACCACAAUAAUUUAUAUUACUGCAAACUUUUGAGUCGAGCACGCCAAAUUCUUCAUUCUAUAUGAACAAGUCUAAAGCAGCAGUAUGGUUAUGGUUGGCUCAUGGGGAUACACCCUUGUUAUUUAUCAAGAAACAUUUAAUUUAAUUAAACAAAGACCUGAGAAGCAUCAGAUAGCUACAACAAAAAUAGAUAUGUUAAAUAAAAAAAUCUUAAUUCCUAAAUUUAUGCCACAAUUCUCAAAAGUUCCUUACAGAAGAAUAAACCUUUUAAGGCUUUAAAAAAUCAUGCUCAUUCGAUCUAUUCCAUCAACAAAAUUAUCAAAAGCUUAUUUGAAAACACCAACUGCGUCUUUAUCAAUAACGAAUUCACUUUCGGUGUCACUUAUUCAAUUGAUCAUAAAACAUGUCCCUUCUGAUUCCUGCAUGUCUUCCUGUAUCACAAAGACCCUUCCUGUAGUUUAUUGCCUGUCUUCCUGUAUCAUGAAGACCCUUCCUGUAGUUUAUUGCCUGUCUUCCUGUAUCAUGAAGACCCUUCCUGUAGUUUAUUGCCUGUCUUCCUGUAUCAUGAAGACCCUUCCUGUAGUUUAUUGCCUGUCUUCCUGUAUCAUGAAGACCCUUCCUGUAGUUUAUUGCCUGUCUUCCUAUAUCAUGAAGACCCUUCCUGUAGUUUAUUGCCUGUCUUCCUGUAUCAUGAAGACCCUUCCUGUAGUUUAUUGCCUGUCUUCCUGUAUCAUGAAGACCCUUCCUGUAGUUUAUUGCCUGUCUUCCUGUAUCAUGAAGACCCUUCCUGUAGUUUAUUGCCUGUCUUCCUGUAUCACAAAGACCCUUCCUGUAGUUUAUUGCCUGAGGCACCUUUAUCUUACAUCCCUUCAUUCUUAUCCGUUCUGCACCAUUGAAGACUUCAUCAUGAAGCGAUCCAUAUCCUGUCAUCAUGUCCCGUAAGGAUCCAUGUCCAUCUCGUGUCUGUCUUCCUUGUCUACUGCUCCAACGUAUCUAAAACUCCAUCCUCUUUUACACAAUAUUAAUACCUUCCAUUUGCUAUUUCAAUAUAUUUUCAAUGAACCUGCAAACUGAAAAUGAAUUUCAAACCAACUUUUAUGUGUUGUCAUUUCCAGUAGGGCCUACAUAUCCUUCUUCUGCCUUCUAUUUAAGCCACAGCUUCUCAGACUCCCUGUAUGUCAGAUCCAUCUUCUGCAGCUGUGCCCCUUCCAUAGCUCCACUAUAGAGUUAUAAACACUAGAGGGAAAACGUCAUCUCUUUUCCAUUGACUUUAAAAACGGCUCAUGCAGUCACAGUUUAUGGUGUUAAGUUCAAAGUUAGAGUUCUCCCUCUAGUCUGGUGUAUAUUACUCUAUUAGCUAGGCUCCACCUCUAG